GUACCCUGACUCAACUCAGGUCACUGUCAAGGUUGGCGUAGAUGCUACCGUCCAGCAACUGCAAAAAGCCGAUGAUGCUUUGACUGGAUUUUCCACUGCAGCUUGGACUGAUGCUGCCACAGGACUUGCAGUUGCUGAACAUGAGAAUGUGCAUGGUUUGACUCUCUGUGUUGGGGACACUACUUCGGACUUUGGACUUUCUGAUGCAUUGCCUGACGCGGUGGACUUGACCCAACUUGAGCGUGAUCUUCCCAUCGUUGCUGCCCCUGAACCUUGUGCUGAACCCACAGUUGAGCCUGCAGCAGGAAGUGGUGACUUGGUGUCAGGAGAUAGCUCUGUCAAGAGACAAAGGGUUGAUGCAGUCCCCUCUUCCCCGGAUGCCUUGUAUGGGUUUUCACAUUUGUCUGGCGUGCAACUUGCUGCUUUGGUUCCACCCUUGGUUGCCGAUGUUGCUCACUGUGCUCGGUUGAGACAGAUGACCGUUGCUAGCGUGUCACGUCAACAGCUAUUGAACAAUCAAGGUGCUGCCAUGGGUGAUGAUGAGGUGAUUCUCCAUGUGUUCUCAUGCCUCAAAUUGUCUGCCCGAGUUGAUGUCCGGUUCCUUGACCCUUUGCUUGCUUCUGGUUGGUUGCGGUUUGGCACAGUCGAUCAUGUCCGAGCGUGGAUGGCACUCAGUGAUCCUGUCACGAGCAUUGUCAGUGUGGUCUUGCAUGAAGGGCAUUGGCUUCCUAUUGUUUGGACUUGUGGAUUGACUGAAGUGAAGGUGUCCAUGUGGGAACAUGAUGAAGUAGCUGUCGAUAGCCUGUGCCCUCUCCAUGGACUUAUCAGCCAAGCUUGGGGCAAGCCGAUGUUUGCCCUUGCCUGCAAUCGCAGAUCCUUUGCCAAAGACCACUGCGGAACAGCGGCAGUUUGUUUCCUGGCUCAUGUCCUGUUGCACAAACCUCUGCCGGAAUCUGAUGAAGCUCUCCAAGGUAUCCAUAGUGAUCUUCAACUGAGUUUUCAAGCUGCCCUUGCCUCAUCCAGUGAAGUUCCUCGCCCCUGGUGUUGGGGUCUGGGUGUCCCUGACGUGUUGAGUUUGGUCUCCAGCCUUUUGCAAUUGCACGGUGUUCCAUCAGCUCAAUGUGGACUUCGAGCCAAGAUGGUUUUGCAAAGCUUAGGCAAGAACGAAGUGCAAACAGCGGUCACUGGAGUCACUCCGUGGAAGUCGCUCAAGCAGUUGGCCAAUUUGCAUACACCAGCGAUCCAGUUGGUACUCGCAGAUGAGCAGGCCCGGCUUGUCGCUGCAAGACAAAGCACUGCCAAGCCAGCCAAGAAGUCGAGUGGAGGCACCAAACGCCAACCACCAGCACGUCCGGCAGAACUUGACCCAGCCAAGCUUGUCAUCGAGACUGGGGCUUUCUGUGUCGGUGAAGAUGCACCACUUGCACAAACACCUUUUGCUACGCUUGGACCAUUGUCAGCCGGAGUAGCCUUGGCCACGUAUCAGGAUGCAGUUCCUUUUUUGGAGUCUGGACAGGUUUUGUCACAUGGUGGACUUGCCUUGCUGAUUCUGAAUCCCCCCAAUGACAUGCAGACUGCUUUGCAAUGGUCGACACUCAGGUUUGCUGCCCGUUGUGCCUACAACCAAGAACCAAUGCUGCUCUCAGGAGCCCUUGUUCAGUUAGGCCGUCAGGUAGUGUACCAGUUCCAAGCCAAGAACUUGCCAGCAAUCGUCUCCACAGAAGUUGCCUGUGCCCGCAUCACCGUGUUUGCCGAUCUUUGGGACCAAGGUUGGGAAGACUUUGCCAAUCGACCAGUGAAGCAUGUCUUGGCCAGCAUUCCGUACGUCAAGGCGUUGGAGCCUGAAGUCUUGUCUGCCAGCGGCCGCCAAGGUGUCUUUGUUGAACCCAAGACCGAAGAUGCUAUGAAGCCUCAUGAUGAUUACCAGGUGAUCUGGCUUCCUAGCUUGGAUUUUGCAGCCAUCUCCCACAAAGCCAAGGUUGAGGCACACUGUGUUGGAAUUGCUCGCACUGGUCGCCGCUAUGGCCUGCGAGUCCAUGCCAAGCAUUUUCAGGAAGUCUUUGCAAGUGUCAAACCGGACGCUGUAUACCUUGCCCCUGGAGCCAGAUUGACCUACCACACUGGCCCUUGGCCAUAUGGCUGCGAUCGCAAGAGCAUCGCUCGUGCCCUGAAAGCAUCGGGUUGGGAGUGCCGACCGCUGCAGCCCAUGCAGAACGUCACUGGAGGACUGGUUUGGGCAGUGCAGGCCAUUUGUGAGCCUCCAUCCAAUGUGCUGGCGAUGCAGCAUGGACAAGUGGUUUUGACCAGGCAUGACCCUCAGCAGCCACCGGGUGAUGUGCCGCAGCAAGUGGUUGGCCAAGCAGCAACGUUGCGACUGUGCUCAGUUCCGGUUCAGUCCUUACAACAACAGAUGCUGGUGCAAAUGGACCUCCAGUCCAAGCAGAUGCAGAACAUGUUGUCGGAUCAAAUGUCUCGCGUAGAGACCAUUUUGUCCAAGAAGAGAUCCACACGUGGCUUUGCCACGAGCCUGAAAGCGAUGAGUUCCCGAUACAAGAAGGUGCUGACAGGUGCACCACUUGCUGCCAGAGCCAAUUCCAGUGAAGCUGGGCAGUAUGCCGGAGUGGCCUUUGCUGCUACAGUGCCAAGUCGAACAGUGGCCACGCCAUGGCCGCCUGAUGUGUAUGAAACCAGCCGCAUCCAAUUUGGGUCUUUCUUUACCAGUGUUGGGUGGGCCACCGGUGCAGUGGUGUAUGGCUAUCCUGCAAAGAAAAAACAUGCUGAUGCUCACCACCAGACUGAGCAACUUUUGGACUUUGCAUUCAGCCAUCUUCAAACUCUGCAUGGACCCAGGUUCUUCAGCGGGGAUUGGAAUUUUGAGCCAUCUGACCUUGAGGUUGUGGCCCGUCUUCAAGCUGCAGGCUGGGUUGAAGUGCAGGACCUUUUCCAAGCACGUACUGGCGCCCCAGUUCAGCCCACAUGCAAAGGGGUCACCAGGAAAGACCAUUUGUGGUUGUCCCCGGAACUUGUUUUGGCCUUCUUGGACUUGACCAUUGAUCACGAAACCUUUGCUGAUCACUCUGUGCUUGUUGCACGUUUUGCCGGUGGAGUGCAUCACAUGGAGCGGUUCAUUUGGCCAUGCCCCAAACCUGUUGACUGGACUCAUGUGCCCCCCCUUUGUUCUGCCUUUGGAUUUCACGAUGCCACUGACCCCACUGCAGAGUAUGCUGCCCUUUGGACUCAGCGGGAGGGUAUGGCUCAACAAACACUUGCUGCAGAAUGGAAUCCAACCAUGGGAGGUCGAGGCCAGCAAACAUGUCCUAAGCAUGUGGUCGGUAGACACGCUCCACUGAAGCAAGGUAGGAAGCAUGAAGCCCAACCUACGUUCUUUGGUUUUUCCAGCAUUCAUGCCAAACAGUUCAAGCAACUUCGGCGCCUGCAAAAUUAUUGCCGAUGGGUUGAUAAUCAUGAAGCUGGUAAAACAGUUGACACCACGCAUGGAAUUGCACUUUGGACUUCAGUGCUGCGUGCCCAAGGGUUUGCGCCCACCUUCUCUGCUUGGUGGCCUAACCGGUUGUAUGUUAGCCCUGCUGAUCCCGCCGUCAUGCCCCAGUUUUGCCCGUCGUCCAGUGUUGCCCAUCAUGUUUUUGAUGCAGUGGUAGCCGAAGUUCGCCUUCUGGAGCAGCGUCUGACCCAAGCUAGAGCUGCGCAUCGAGUUGCCCAACAUGAUGCUGAUCGCACCUUGGUGUUUAAAGAUGUUGCGAGAGCACCUGCUGAACCUGUCGAGUCCCUUUUGCACCAGGUCCAAAGUCAAGUCGCUGAGGUAGACGAGUUUGAAUGUGCCAUCACUCUGCCAAUGUCAACCGCUGUGCGAGCUGACAUGCCUGUCUGGGUUGGGGGCUCUGCCAAAACCGUCAUUCAUGCCGAAGCUGACAAGAUCUGGCUUGAUGACCUUGAACAUGUUAUGUCAGGCGAUGCUGUAGUUCAGUCAGAACCCAUCGGUGACUUGCGCACAAUUUUUGAAGCCUUUCAUGUUCAGUGGCAACAGCGAUGGUGCAGACAUGACAACACGUCCUUCCGACAAUGGGAUCAGCUGCUGGGAUUUGCUAGUGCCAUACUGCAGCCUGUUGCCAUCCCUCAUCUUGCAGUGGAUGUAGACCUCCUGCGGGCAGAAGUUCACCGGAAGAAGAAACAUGCAGCCACCGGUCUGGAUGGCGUCAGCAGGAAUGACCUGAUCCAAGCUGAUGAUGGCACGUUGCAGAGCCUUGUCAAUGCCUUCCGACGGGCAGAAACCGACGGUAGUUGGCCCCAACAACUGCUGUCAGGCAAAGUGCACUCGUUGGCCAAAUCGCCUUCAGCUUCAGGCCCCGGCGAUUACAGGCCUAUUACUGUUUUUGGCUUGGCUUACAGAGCAUGGUCCAGUCUCCAAUCCAGACACCUCCUUGGGUGGGCCAAUGAUUGGGUUCAUGAUGGGGUGUACGGAAAUCGCAAAGGCAGACAAGCAGCUGACCUGUGGCACCAUCUCUUGCUUCAAAUUGAAAAUGCGUACAGUACCAACCAGCCAAUCAGCGGCAUCUCAGCCGACAUCGAGAAGUGCUUCAAUUGCAUACCCCGUUUUCCAGCGUUGUGUUUGGCUGUUCUUGCAGGUGCACCACAUGCUGUUACCACAGCUUGGGCAGGGGGAUUGGCUCAGAUGCGUCGGCACUUCAAGGUCCGUGAGUCCUUUUCUGCAGGCUUUCUGACAUCCACUGGUCUGGCCGAGGGUUGUGGUCUCAGUGUGUAUGGUAUGCUGUUGGUUGACCACCUCUUUCACUGUUGGAUUUCGUACCAAGCAGCUCCAGUGCGGUCGUUGUCGUAUGUUGACGAUUGGCAUGUCUUUGCUUGGGAUCCCACUUUUGCAGUUCGACAACUGGAGUUGGUAGUGGAAUUUGCUGGUUUGCUUGAUCUUACGAUCGACCGCAAGAAGACAGUGGCCUGGUCAACCAAUGCUGAAGUGCGCCAGACCCUCCGGGAACAUGGAGUUCAGGUGGUUCACCAUGCCAGAGAACUUGGAGGCCAUUUUGGUGUGUCCAGACAGUUCACCAAUCGGACGGUUACCCAGCGCCUUGCCGCCCUCGAAGACUUUUGGCCCAAACUCAGGGCCAGCAAAGCCCGCUACAAAGCUAAAGUCUACAUGUUGCGAGCAGUGGCUUGGCCGAGAGGUUUGCAUGCUGUCGCCAGUGCGCCCUUGGGUGAUCACAUCUGGACUGAAUUGCGCAGACGGACCAAGUCGGCCCUUGCCCUCCAAAAGCCAGGCGUGAAUGCACAUGUGUUGCUUGGUUUGGUAGAGCCGUGGACAGACCCUCAGUUGGUUGCUCUUUCUUGGACUUGCCGUACUGCCCGAGCCAACUGUGAUAUGGACUUUUGGACUUCUUCAGUUGCAUGUGUUGCCCAUGGGGAGUUGGACUUACCUCCCAACACCGUUGCUUCAAUCUUGUUAUCCCGCUUGCAACAGGUUGGAUUUGAGGUGGAUAGGUGGGGUCAGGUCCAUGACCGGUUUGGAUGUUUCUCCCUUGCCAACUGCAACUAUGCCGAGCUUGAACUGCGAUUGCAAUGGGCUUGGACCCAAGUCGUAGCGGCCAAAGUCAGUCAUAGAACCGAUUUCGCUGGAAUCUGGCAAGUGGAUGUUGCUUUCACGAGGAGUCUCCUCAGUGAAUUGCCUCCUGAUGAUCAAGCGUUGCUGCGGUUUGGUUUGGUUGGUGGUUUGUUCACAGAGUCGUACAAAUCCAAAUGGACUCCCCAAUCUGACCAAUGUCGCUGGUGUGGCCAAACAGACACGCUGGCUCAUCGUUACUGGCAGUGCUGUCAGCACACUGACUUGCGUGCCGAGCUUGCUCCUGAUGCCACUCCGGUGUGGGAGUCCAUACCCCCAGCCCUGUCUUUGCGUGGAUGGGCCUUGCUUCCUCCGACAUGGCAGCGUUGGAUUUCCUUGCUUGCUGCAUUGCCGUCACAGGUGUUGGCCCCGUCUCGGAACCUUGUUCCCGGUCAAUGGAACGAUGUCUUCACGGAUGGAUCUUGUAUGUGGCAGUCUGAACCCAUGUACCGUGUCGCUGCGUGGUCUGCUGUUUUGGCUCCGUCUGCUCAGUCGUCAUGGACUCCCGAGGCGACUGCGGUCCUGUGUGCCUCCGUCUUGCCUGGUGUUUGUCAGUCUGCGUUCCGUGCGGAGUUGUUUGCGGUGGCUUAUGUUGUGCACUGGGCUUCUGUUUAUGGCGCUCCUGUGAGAAUCUGGUCAGAUUGUCUUGGGGUUGUUAACAAACUGCACCUGCUCUGCAAAAACAAGCUGAAACAAGGGGUCAACCGCCCUAACAGUGACUUGUGGACUUGGCUUGCUGUGUCCGUAGAUGCCCUGGGCUCAGAGAACCUGCAGGUGAAGAAGGUCGAGGCGCAUCGCACUCUGCAAAGUGCUCGCAAUGCGGCUGAAGUUUGGAAGUUCUUUCACAAUGGGUAUGCUGAUAAAGCAGCGAAGACAGCCAAUCAGGCGCGUUCUGAAGCUUUUUGGCAGUUUUGGGAAGAACAUGUACAGGCUACAGAGCGAGCACGCAGGCUUGCACAGCAGGUGACAGCCCUUCAACUUGCUAUUGGGAAAAGGCAUGUGCGCGCACAGAAUGACAUCACAGACGUCAUUGAGCAGGGGCCCAGGGUUACCAGAGAGUUUGUUCCUUGUUUUGCUUUUGGCAAUUGGACUGGUCAGAUGGUUCCGAACGCCGCCCGAUUGUUCGGCACAGCGCAUGUGACUCGAGCAAUGCGGUGGUUGGAAGCUCGGUUGGUCACAGAUGACACUGCUGAACCGCAAUGGUUGUCCUUUACGCAAUUAUAUUUGGACUAUCAGAUGACAUGGAGCAACCCGGGACCACUUCGGGUACAACAACAGUGGGUGGACUUGUCGUCCAGGCCAUAUUUGACAGUGGCCACUAUCCCGUUCCGAACGCGGGUGAGGUGGUUCAGACAAUUUCUGAAAGCGAUCUGGAAAGAAGGAGGCCUUCAGGCCACUAUGGAUCAAUGCCGCCCUGCUUCUCAGAUGAUUCAGGCAUAUGUCCCAUGUUUUGCACUUCCUUGGGCCAAACAUGCCGUUCAGAUAGUCGACUCUUGGCUUGGACAAGAACUUACUGCACCUUGUACGCGAGCGGCAGGAGCUCUGAAAGCAUUGCCCGUGCCCAAGCAAUGCCCAGAGCUGCGACUGCUAGAUCCCUAA